AUGUCACACACUAUUAUCCGUCUUAAGGUUCAUCUACCUGAGAAUCAGAUUGUGCAUUUUAGAGAAGGAGAAGAACAAGUGGCUUUAGAUCGUGCUGCUUAUCGUGAUACACACCUUACGGCCUGGUUUAAAUUGAAUUCUGAAAAUGAAGGAGCCCAUCGCUACUCAUAUGUUGACAUUCCAUAUCACUUUGUAUUUGAUGAUAAACAUUGUAAAUGGAAGGUUAGACAAAGAGGUGGAAAUAAGGUGAUAGUAAGAAUGUAUAAAGUUAGUCCAACAGGAGAAUUAUUUUUUCUCAGAUUGUUACUUUUACAAGCAAAAGGAGCAACAUCUUGGGAGGAUUUGCGUACUGUUAAUGGAAUAGUUCUUGAAACCUUUCGUGAAGCAUGUGUUUUAAAAGGUUUGCUGCAAGAUGACACUGAAUGGCAGAAUACUCUUUCUGAGGCAGUUUUAACGCGAAUGCCUAAGCAAAUUAGACAGCUGUUUUCAAUUAUUUUAACCUUUUUUGAACCUGACGACCCUUUGCAUCUUUGGAAUACACACAAAGCUUUUAUGAUAGAGGAUUUCAUUCAUCGCCAAGUUCCAUUUAUAUUAGCUGAACAAGCUACUCUUCGUCAAAUCGAAACGAUUAUUAAUCAAAGUGGUAAAACGCUGUCUGAUUAUAAUUUGCCUGUUGUUGAUAAAUUCAUAGAUUUCAAUCUAGAAAAUUUAAAUGAUAAUGUUCAGCAAUCAAUUGACGAAGCUAUUAGAAUGAGAUUGUAUUUUAAUUAUAAUUUAAAUAUAAUUGAAUUGUAA